UUUACUUGUACCAAAAGUCUAGCAAUUUCAUCUUUGAGUUCACAUUCUUUAGUGUUUACCCGGAAAAUAAAAUCCCACUUUAGUGUCACACAAAGGGAAUCUAAGAAACACAAAAACACAGAAAUUUCCUCAGCCAUGAACUCGAUGACUUGUGCUCGAAAGAACAAAAGGCGGAUCAGCAACGAGCAAGUCAAGUCGCUGGAGAUCAUGUUCCAAUCGGAUUCAAGGCCUGAGUCGAAGACCAAGCGGGCGAUCGCGGGGGAACUCGGGCUGCAGCCUUGCCAAGUCGCCAUAUGGUUCCAGAAUAGAAGGGCUAGGUCCAGGACCAAACAGAUUGAGAGAGAAUACAGCAUACUGAAGACUAGUUACAACAACUUAUUCUCUAGAGUUGAGUCUCUUAAAAAAGAGAAUCUGGAACUAAACAUCCAGUUGCGGGAAGUGAAGACUCUGCUGGGAAUGCAUCAUGAAAGUGAGAAUUCGGGUUUUGUUAAAACUGAGGAAGCUGAAGGUGGAAAAAAGGCGAUUAAAUCAAACGGUGUGACGAGUCAUUUAUUAGAAGGUUGCAAGGACAAAGUAGGAAAAGACGCUGAAGUUGUAGAGUUGGCACAAAGUAGAGAUGGUUCUUUGACAUCUUCGGUGAACUGGUCCAGUUUCGAGUCAUGCUGUUAUGUCAACGAGACGAGUUGUUCGCAGUGGUGGGAGUUCUUGUCUUGAUCACUGACUCAACCGAGCGAAGUCACAUAUAAGAAACAAACCUAUGCACACAGAGUUUUCUCCGCUAGUGCAGAAUAAUUUUGGGAGACAGACCCCAAAUACAGAAGUUGAAAGUCCAUUUCUGUGCAAGAAUUUCGAACCUCCUUUCUCUCAGAACAUAUAGCCAAUGAAUACUUUUCAAACUCCUAAGAGGCCUGAGAUAAUGCUGUAACGAUGAAAUAUAUAGUCCUAAAUACGACUUCCUAUCUUAUGUUCAAGUAUUACCAUACUAGGUACUUACUAGACAGAGUUUCAACUUAAUUCUGGUUUUUUUUUUAUUUUUAUUUUUAAGAAAAUUAGAAGGCAGCUGAGCAUAAAUAUGAAAUUCCAUUAUUUAGUGCAUAAAAUGAAGAAGGUUAUUGCAGGCUACUUGUAAAGUCUUAAUGACCUUGUGUAUCAAACCCCUAUAAAUG